AUGGAACCUGAGGGAGUGUCACUACCGUGGAUCCACUCACAUCGUUUGAUGCCUUGGAAUGAUCUGAGGAGAGGUGAUUGUUGUCGACUCUUUGAAUCUCAGAGUGAUGGGUACUAUUGUAAACUCUGUGAUUUUUUCGUGCACAAGAAAUGUGGUGACGAGGAGCUCUCUGAAUUUAUGGACCACCCAUAUCACCCCAAUCACACUCUCCAUCUUCGACAUAUUCAAGGUAUCAAUAGUAUCCUAUGUGAUUUAUGUGAUAGGAGAAUCUUGUUUCUAUCCUAUCGCUGUGAUAUGUGUAACUUCGACAUGGAUCUACGCUGCAUCAAGUACACACCACCAGAAGUUAUUGACAAUUUCGAGAAGCACCACCACAAGCUCACACUAGUCAAGGAACGGACUGAAAUUAACUGUUGUGCUAAAUGCGGGAAGGCUGGUCAUGGAUAUCCAUACAAAUGUGAAGAAUGUGAAGUAGCCUUCCAUGUGGAUUGUGUUUGGCACCCAACAGCAGAGGUAAAACAACAACUGGAGAUAGACCAUUCUUACCACUCCUUGCAUCCUCUUAAUCUCUUCAAGGGUCCACCACCGGACUAUUCUGAUGGAAAUUGUUGUCUUUGUGGAAGAAAGGUUGAUGAAGAAUUCUUUUAUCAUUGUUCUUCUUGUAACUUCACCUUGGAUAUGCGUUGUGUUCUGAACCCACCACAACAGUCUAUUCUAGAUUUGAACUCUCAUGAUCAUCCACUCACCCUUCUUCCAAGACUCGAUUCUUUUACUUGUAAUGCUUGCGGUCUCAAGGGAGAUCGAAGCCCUUACGCAUGCUUUCAUUGUGGUUUCAUGAUCCAUCAAGAUUGUCUUGGCCUUCCACGUGUCAUUAAUAUCAACCGACAUGAUCACCGUGUUUCUCGUACUUCGGUUCUUGGUGAGGGUGCUAUGAAUUCUGUGUGUGGUGUUUGUCGCAAGAAGGUGGACUGGACUCGUGGAGGGUUUUCUUGUAAGAGGUGUCCUGGCUAUGUCGUUCACUCUAAAUGUGCUGCCAGAAAAGAUGUGUGGAACGGGAAAGAACUCGAAGGUGUACCUGAAGAAGAGGAAGAUAUAGAGCCAUAUGUGGUGAUAGAUGACAACACAAUUCGACAUUUCAGCCAUGAAGAGCAUAACCUAAAACUCCAUAGGGCUGGCAUUCAGUAUGAGGAGAACAAACGAUGCAAUGCGUGCACCCACACCAUUGGUCUCCAAUCGUUUUAUGGCUGUAUGAAUUGUAAUUUUUCACUCCAUCAGAACUGUGCUGAAUGUCCUAAAAGAAAAUGGCAUGUGCUACACAAUGACCGGCUCACUUUAGUUAUUAAUGAGGAGCUACAUGUCUUCAAGUGUGAUGCUUGCAGAAGGGAUUCCAAUGGUUUCAUGUACAAGCAUGGGGAUACAAAGUUGGAUGUCUUGUGCGGUUCUGUUUCUGAGCCAUUUGUCCAUCCAAGUCAUCCCCACCAUCCCUUAUAUUACAUUCCAACAGAAACAUAUGGAAUAUGCAGUGGUUGCAAUAGUUGGGAACGACAUAUCCUGACGUGCGUUGAAGGUGAUUGUGGAUUUGUAUUGGGAUUCGGUUGUGCCACUCUACCACAAGUGGUAAAACACAUUGCAUAUGAUCAUCCUCUCUCACUAUGCUAUGGCGACAAAGAGGCAAGUGGUAAACACUGGUGUGACAUAUGUGAGAAAGAAACCAAUCCAAAGAGUUGGUUCUACACCUGUAAAGAUCACCUGGCUAGUUUGCAUACAAUCUGUGUGCUCGGAGACUUUACGGGGCUAAUGCCAAGAAGCACAGCAAUAGUGUGGGACAAAUUGUAUACGGUGGUGCUCAAUAAUAGUGUAACUCGUCCAUUUUGCAGCAAUUUCUGCAGUACUGAAUCAGCAAGAAUCCGCAGUCGUCAUCCCGAAGUGAAGUGGGCUGAGACCACUGACAAGAUUUGCCUCACUGUAGUAUUAGCAGAUUCCAAGGAGACUAAAGUUAACCUAGACCCACCAAGUGUCUUUGAUUUCUCUGCAAAAGCUGGUCCUGAGAACCACGAAAGCAAGAUUAACAUUGGAGUAAGAAGCAUCUUCUGUAUAAUAGAGAAAGAAGAGCCUGAAAGGGUGGAAUAA